CUUCGCAAGAAAAUGGCUGCCAAGAUGCAAAUUAUUAACCGGGAUGAUCAAAAGAUAUCUUUAAAUGAAACCUCCAUGUUUUAGGUGGUUUCCUUCCGAUAUGAAGCGUCGAAGAAAGUCAAACACCGUGUUUUAAUACGCAAGCUAAUACUGUAUUCAUAUAUUCGCGUUGUAGUGAAAAUAACGAAAAAAUCGAGUUAUUAGUCAGCAUCAGUCUCAGAGUCAGACAGUGAUCAGAAAGGCACAAAUACGAGUCAUUUUAUUGUACUAACUCUUUAAUACGUAUCUAGAACAUAAUUAAGUGUCCAAGAUGAUGUGCGACGUUAUGCCAACGAUAUCGGAGGAUGGCUCAACUGAUCGUGAGUCGCAAGAGUCUGGGGACGAUGCAAACUUCGAGCAACUGAUGGUAAACAUGCUAGAUGAGAGAGAUAAGCUGAUGGAAGCACUACGUGAUGCUCAGGAACAUCAGGUUAAUACACAGGCACGACUUGAAGAGAUUGAAAAAGAGAAGGACAGUCUACAGCGUCAGCUGCAGUCCACACAACCUCAGGAGCUGGCCUCACUGACGAAGGAGUUGAACAAUGUGCGCGAGUCCCUUCUGGAGCGGGAGGAGGAGGUGCAGGAACUCAAGGCUGAGCGCAAUAACACUCGGUUACUGUUGGAGCACCUGGAGUGCCUGGUGUCACGUCACGAGCGCUCACUGCGUAUGACGGUGGUGAAACGGCAGGCCUCGUCCCCUGCAGGGGUGUCCAGUGAAGUGGAGGUCCUCAAGGCGCUCAAGUCCCUGUUUGAGCACCACAAGGCACUCGAUGAAAAGGUUCGUGAGCGGCUGCGUGUGGCCCUAGAGAGAGUCUCCACAUUGGAGGAGGAGCUGGUCACAGCCAAUCAAGAGUUGUUCACGCUACGUGAGCUGCAGACCAAGUCUCGUCACUCCAGUGGGUCCGUGGAAGAGAGUAGACACGCCCUCAAGAUGGACCCCACUUCCCCCACUCCAGGCAGCGACCAUGUGCUAGAAAAGGAGCACCAUCCAAAGAGAUUAUCAAAUGGUUCUAUAGACCCAGACUCAGAUGUGAAUAGAGUUAUAGAACUGCAAGAAACUGUAGAAAAGCAAAACUCUGAAUUGACAAACACUCGAACAAAAAUGUUAGAAUUAAAUAACAAAUUAACGGAAUUAGAGGAAAGUUACACUACGGGACAGAAGGACUUAAUCAAAGCUCAGGAACAAGUGGUGAAGUUGCAGAGAGAUCUCAGAGAGUCAAUAGCUCAGAAGGAGGACCAGGAGGAACGUAUAGCUACACUUGAAAAGCGGUAUUUGAACGCACAGCGUGAGUCAACAUCCUUACACGACCAAAAUGACAAACUGGAGUCUGAACUCGCCACCAAGGAAGAUGAACUCAAAACUUUGGAGGAGAAAAUCAGAACCAUCCAAGACAAGCUGGAGGGUGCGGAGGUGAGGCUGCAGCAUUCCCAGCGGCGGGCGGACACCCUGCCCACAGUGGAAGCACAACUACAGCAGCGGAUGGAGGCGCUGUCAGAGGCAGAGCAGCGUCACGGCUCUAUCGACGAGCGCCUGCAGCAGCUUGAGGACAAAGUGCAGGAGAAGGAGUCUGAACUACAGAGGGCUCGACACCGUGACAAGAUGAAUGAGGAGCACAAUGCUCGUCUCUCUGCCACGGUGGACAAGCUCUUGACGGAGAGCAAUGAGAGACUGCAGCUACAUCUGAAGGAGAAAAUGCAGGCCCUCGAAGAGAAGAACCAGCUCACACAGGAACUGGAGAGGACCAGGAAAGCACUGGAUGAUAACCAGCAGGAGAAGGAGCGCAUCUUGGAGGACCUGCAGCGGGCCAAACGGGAGGUGGACACCCUCCGUCAGCAGAUUGAACACCUUGGUCAAAGCGAUGGGUUUUCCAGCCAUUAUGGCAGUCCAGAGAGCAGUGUCACCAGACGAUUGCAGCGCGGCCGUGAAACUCUAGAUGAUCCUAACAAGGUGAACACGCUGAAUGAGCAGGAAUGGGAGAAGCUUCAGCAGGCGCGGGUCAUAGAGAACGUCCAGCACGCGUUUGACACGAGCGAUGAGGGGUCAGAGGGCAACGAGAGCCUCAUUGGUGCCUUUGACAUGCUCUCACCCUCGGGGCACACGGAUGCUCAGACCCUCGCACUUAUGCUACAGGAGCAGCUGGACGCCAUCAAUAAUGAGAUCAGAUUGAUUCAGGAAGAGAAGGAGUCCACAGAGCAGCGUGCAGAGGAGCUGGAAAGUCGGCAGCCUGGCGGGGUGCUGGCGACCCAUCUAUACACCUACUCCUCCUCCAGUCCACAACUAGCAACCUCCACCACCACAGAUGAACGCACUCUACAGCCAUACAGUCGUGACGACACAUCUAUCAAGGACGACAGUUCUCCCAUUCAUUGUGAGACCAGUCCGCCCCACACCCCGCGCUCUCUACGCCUCGAGAGGAUACAGAACGCACUGUCACUCAGCGCAGACGGCAGCCCCAGUCGUACGGUGAUUAACACGACCACAAGCACCCUGUCCAGUACAGGAAGCAGUCAGGACUCUCUGAACCGCUCACAGAAGAAGAAGGGCCUCAAGUCCUCCAUACGCACCCUCUUCAGCAAGAAGGAGAAACAGAAACACAAGGGCUCACUGGGCAGGGAGAUGAAACAAAGUCCGGGGUAUAUAGAUGCCAGUGGUGAUGCCACGGAUACCCUAGGCAGAGGAUUGGGUCCCUCAGAGUUCGACAAAAGAAGGAAUCGCAAGGAGGAGUUACUGGAGGAAGCAAUGAAGGCCUGUACACCAUUUGCACUCUGGAAUGGACCCACUGUAGUGGCUUGGCUAGAGCUGUGGGUGGGAAUGCCUGCCUGGUAUGUGGCAGCAUGUAGGGCCAACGUCAAGUCAGGCGCCAUCAUGUCUGCUCUAUCAGACCAGGAGAUCCAGCGGGAGAUCGGCAUCAGCAACCCACUGCACAGGCUGAAACUGCGGCUGGCUAUCCAGGAGAUGGUCUGUCUGACCAGUCCCUCCGCACCUCGGACCUCACAAGAUUCUCUAGCAUUCGGAGACAUGAACCAUGAGUGGAUCGGUAACGAGUGGCUGCCCAGCCUGGGCCUGCCGCAGUACCGCAGUCACUUCAUGGAGUGCCUCGUUGACGCACGCAUGCUUGACCACCUCACAAAGAAAGACCUCCGUGGGCAACUCAAAAUGGUUGACAGCUUUCAUAGAACUAGUUUACAAUAUGGCAUUAAUUGUUUAAAGCGGAUUAAUUAUGACAAAAAAGAUUUGGAGAGUAGAAGAGAAAAGUCAAUGGAAGAAAAUAUAGAUGUGUUAGUAUGGACCAAUGAAAGAAUAAUACGAUGGGUGCAUAAUAUAGGUUUGCGUGACUAUGCGAAUAACUUGUUUGAAUCUGGUCUUCAUGGGGCAUUGAUAGCAAUGGAUGAGAGCUUUGACCACAACAGCAUGGCCCUGGCGCUACAGAUUCCUACACAAAACACAAGUAUACGCUCACAGUUAGAACGCGAGUUCAACAAUCUGCUUGCCAGAGGCACUGACCGACAGCUGGAGGAGGGCGAAGGCGGCAGAUUCCGUCGGGCCCCAUCAUGGCGUAAAAAGUUCCGCAACAAGGAGCGAAGCAAUGACGGCAGCGAUCCAGGCAGUGAGGGUGGAGAGCCUGGGGAUCAGUCCCCACCCCAGGGGCCCCGCAGGAUGACCGGCCCAGGGUCGGCCCAACAGCUACAGAUGACGGAGACCAUGAGGAACUUUUGAUCCAAUGGCUGAGCUAGAAACUAGUGUAUCUUGUGGGGGACUGUGUAGCAGAUAUGACGGUUUCACGCUCAAACUUUCAUAAUGUGCAAUUUUAUAUAUCUGAGGUGUUAGGAGUUCAUAGCUACUGCUACGACGGUUGGCUGGUGAGAAGGGAUGGUCUCCGAAGAUAAACAAUUCUUAAACCGUGUUCAUUUACAAUGGAACAUUAUGCCAAAGGCUUUUGGUAUGAUGUUCAUAUGUGCAAAUGCCCAGUGGCUGAUGUUGUCAUGUUCCAAGUUAUUGAUAUAGACUGGUUUUUGCUUGGUGUUGUCUGCCAUGAUGUAUGUUGUCAUCAUUCUCUCUGUCGGGAAAACAGAGUAAACAAUGUAUGUCGUGUGAGUGUGAAUACUUCUGGCCCUGGCUCCUGACUCGGUAACGUUUUUCUAGUCGGGGAAAUAUGACAGCUGCCUGUGGAACCCUGGAACCAGUUGCAAUACAGAGUGUCACAAUCACCGCAUUAUCAUUUUCUUCCCCUUAUAACGCAUGUUUUACUUCCAUUUGUCUAAUUCUUAAUAUCAUUAAGUCAGGUCAUUCACUGUAGGCUAGAUUUGGUGUCUUUUAAAUGAACUAAAUGUUUUGCUCAGAUAUACAGUGACAGAAUUACUUGGGCACAUACAGGAGAUGUAUGUGUCGUAUUAUAACAUAUAUUGUAGUGAAUUGUAUAAUGGCACCAAUAUGUGCUUUGUAUUUGUUUUUGAAAAACAAACUAGUGUAAGGUUAAUCAGUACAUGAUGUAUAUUUUAUUUAAAAAUAGUAUUUGUUACUUUUAAUUACUUUCUGGAGUAAGACCAGUUUAACUAUUGAAUCUUGAUUACUUAAACAACUUGACAAUAACAUGUGAAUGUCUUGCUUUCUUGAGUAUUUAUAACAUUGUAGCAAUGUAUAAAAAGUACAUAUACUGAAAGACAUUGCAAUGAACUUUUUGUUAAGAUAUAAAGUCUGUUAUUCAUAAAAGAUUUUAUUUAUCAUGGCUUGGCAGGUUGGGUCUUUUGUUGAGCAAAAUCAAGAACAGGGUUGUGAUGUUACUUUUUGUGUGUACAUUUUGAAAGUAUAUUUAUUUUUGUCUAUUAACGACUAUGUUACAUUCAUUAGGAAAUGUUGGACAAAUUACAUAUUAAUGUUUGUUAGACAAAUUGUUUUGCCUGAUGCUAUAUCGAUUUUACUAUAAUUUGCUUCAAAUUCCUGCCGUUGUUGUAAAAGGCCCCUAAUUAAGCAAGUGAGUGAUGAUGGGUUGAGCAUUUUUUGUGUGUUCCAAUGCAUAACACUUGAAAUAUUGAGCUAUGCUCUGUGAAAAGGGGGUUAAAUGCAUGUGCAUAAAGUGUCCUCCCAGAAUAGCCUGUGCAGUCCGUAUAGGCUAAUCAGGGUCGACACACUUCACGCCUAUACUUGAUUUUUGCUAAGAAGAGACUUUCUUUAAAAAAAAAAAAAGCGGAAUGUGUCUCCUUGAUUAGCCUGUGCGGCCAGCACAGGCUAAUAUGGGACGACACUUACACACAUGCAUGAAACCCCCUUUUCACUGAGCGAAGCUCUUUUGAUGAAAUAAGGUAUUUAAUUAAAGGAGCUGUUCUAACAAAGUAUUUGUCAAGUCAUUAGUGCACUUAAUUUUAGACUUUUAGUGAACUAAAAUAUUGAUACAUUUAGUAAGAGAAAUUCUGACAAAUGUGUUGGAAGAUUACUUAUCCUUCAUGUUUCUUCUUAACACACUUGAGAUCACGAUACCUUGUCUUAAAAGCGUCAUUUGUGCCUAUUCUAAGAUUAGCUAUAGACACAAUGUAUCCUGACUUGUCUAUGAUUCAUCUUAAAAGCAACUUUUUGAUUGUUUCUGAAGUAUUCUGAUGCUUGUUUUGUGCAGUGAAAUAAAAUGUACAUUAUAUGUAUCCAUUUGAAGUCAGCACAUCAAGGAAGAUAAUUUUUGUCAUAAUAUUGGGCUAUACGACUUAAUUGUCUAGAGACUCUGUUCGAUAUGAUUCUAAACUAAAUUCAAGUAUUUGUUGUUAUAAUGGAAUUUACUGAAAUGCUCAAAGAUGAGUUUGAUGUAUUAUUAAUUAAAAGUUAGUGUUGAUGAGUAAUCAAUCAAGCCUUGUUCUAGCAUUAAGAGUGGCGAAGGCCCUUGCUUGCUUUCUUGUAAAAGUGUAGCCAUGAAAUAUGCAGGACACCAAUGAUUCCAGCAAACUGUGUAGGAUUGACCAUCAAGUCUGAAGUGAAAAUACAUUGUAGUUAUCCCUGUUUUCUUAAUAUAAAAGAAAUAGGAUUUUUGUUUUUGAUAACACAUUCCUAUUUGGUUAGACAACCUUUAUUGUGUAACAUAUCUCAAAUAAAUCACAGAUUAGGUGCCAAUAGUUAUGGCUAUAAGUGUUUUAUCUAGUUUGUGAUUUUUAUAAUAACCUUGAAUGUUAAUGUUUGUGUUUUUAGCCAAAGUUUAAAUUAAAAUAAAUAAUUGUCAUAAUUGGAAGUUUUAAAAACACAAGUACCAUGUUACAAUAGUUUCUAGGGUUUUAUUUUUUUAUGCCCAAGGUAGCAGUUGAACUGUCCGUGAGUCCGUCCGUCUGUCUGUCUGUCCGUCAUUCAGUUUUUUUUUGUCCGUCCGAAAACUUUAACAUUUGCCAUUACUUUUGCAAUAUUCAAGAUAGCCACUUGAUAUUUGGCAUGGAUGUGUAUCACGUGGAGCUGCACAUUUUGAGUGGUGGAAGGUCAAGGUCAUUCUUUAAUGUCAAAGGUCAAGUAUGUGGCUUCAAAGGGGCGCAGUAGGGGGCAUUGUGUUUCUGACAAACACAUAUCUUGUUUUAACCCAGUUAACCAAAUUUUAAUUGUAGGAUUUUCCUUGACAAAGUCAGAAAGUCAAAGUCAAAGUGAACACCAAAUAGGAAAAUAUGUACUUCUUUUGGUUGGUAUUGUUAUAAUGUUAGCAUAUAUGUUCAAGCACUCUAAAAUAAUAUCAUUUUAUAGCAUAAUUGACAUGUAUUUUCAUACAUUAACAUUGACAUAUAAGCAUCGUCAUGCAAAAAUUGGUCUUACGCCAUAUGCUGCUAUCAUGGCUCACGCAGUCUGGUCUAGAGCUACCUGUCCGCUAACAAGACCUGAAACAUUUUGUGACUUUAUAGUGGACGUAUUAGCUCUGGAUUUGCACAGGCUUGUCUGUGACUACGUUGUCCGCAUGGGGCAUAAGACCCAUUUUGCGAAUGACACGGGUGAUAUAGGUGUUUAUGUUGCCCACCAUUGUCUGUGUAAGAAUCUCUGGAGGCUUUGGGUCUUACUAUUAGUUGAGUGGAGCCCUGGUAUGUAAUUACAUGAGAAGUGCCAGGUUGUGAGACACAUACUGACUCAGAAAUCCAUUUACCAUGAUGUCUGUUGUCCAUCAGGGUGUGCAAAAUUGACCCCACCUUAGGGGUUAAUUGUUUCUCUAAAUGGUAAUUAUUUUGAAAAAUCUCUCUGAAACUGCAAGGCCCAGAUAUUUAGUAAUUCUCAUGUAACAUCUAUGGCAGUCCUCUACCAAGUUUGUUCCAAGGGUGUCCCUGUGGUCAAUAAUGACCUCCAUUUGGGUUACUUGUUUUCCUUAUAAAAAUUCGAAAAAUUUGCUUAAAACAGCUCAGUACAAAUGAGUCAAGUGUUUAAAAGUUUUGAGUAAGAAUGUCUUAUUUUCUCUUUAAGCAUUUAUAAGUUUUAACAUAAAGACGCGAUUCAAAAAUACCGUACUGUAAACAAUACUCUAUUUUAUCCACAAAUUAAUAGGUCCAUGCUUGCAAUUAUAAGUAAAUAUAUUAUAAACAAAUGAAUGGCUCAAUGAUUGGGAUCGUAAAAUGUUUAAAAUUGUGUUGUCUUUUUGUAAAAUGAAUUACACACUUCUAGGUUUGAUGUCCUACCAAAAUAUCUUCUACAUGAAUGUGUGUAUUUCCCUGCUCUUCAGUAUCUAAGGGUUGGAAAUGGAGCCUUUAAAACUUGAAUCUAGUAAGAAAGGUCUUUAAUUAAAUAUAACUUUCUAAGGGACCACAAAUGCGUCAAAAUACGUAUCUAAGUGGCGAAGGGUUAUGUAUGAAAAGACAACACUUUGUUAACAAUAUCUGGGAAGACAUUCGAAAUUGAAGAAUCUCAAGUUGGUAUCAUAAAUGAUUUUGAUAAUUAAAGCAUGUCUUUUUUUAACAAGGUUUCAUUAUAUAUUAUUGGUACUGGGUGGGAAAUAGUAUUACAAAGUAAGCACAACUGCCACCUAGAAUGUCAAAAACAAGCCAAAAUAUCAUCAUCAUCAUACAAAUGUUAUAUUCAUCAACUAAAUGUAAGCUCUCGCACUCAUGUAUCUCUCAUAGGAUAAAGUCUCCUCAGUGCUUUACUUGAUUCUGUGGCUUUUAUCUACUUUAAUAUAAGUAUUAUGCUACACCAAUUUUGUGCCGCUCCCACUUCUGAUCACCUCUGCUGCCACUCUCGACUGUUAAGUCUGAAUAUUUUGCAAAUAUUUAAUUGAAAAUGAAAAUGCUAUGUUAAACAACCUGAAUUACCUGUUUUGGCGUAUGAAAUUCGUUUGAUAUUGAAAAUUAUUUAAACAUGCAAUAAGAUCUGUCCAGCUUUCCAAUCUUUAUGGGUUCUUAUUUAAGCAUCAUCGUUUAAAAUGCUGUUUAAAAAACUACAUCUUUGUUGUUAAAGAGUAUGCCAUUUAUUACAGUUUUGUUAACAAUCAGUUAGUUUAUACAUACCCAUUUGUUUCAGGUAGCUUUGUAAGAUGUACUAUUAUAUUUUAAAUAUAUUUACAUGUAGUGAUAUAUUAACAGAAACAUAUAAAUCUUUAACAGCAAUUAUAUAUAUAUUAUCAUGAUGUUGUUUUUUUUGAUAGAUCUGAAAAUAAAAUGUAGUGUCAGGUUUACAUGCUUUUGCCACUCUGUGAGAAAACUGCUUAAUGCAUUAAGCGUCAUCCUAGCUUAGCCUGUGCAGACAGCUUUGGCUUGUCAAGGAUGAUUACCACCUAGUUUUAAUUUGAAAGUUUUGUCCCAGAUUAACUUGUGCUUAUUUUGGACUAUACUUUACGCACAUGCAUUAACCCCGUUUUUUUAGUGUCGGGCUCACUUAUAUGUGCAUGUUGAUAUUGUUACGAUUAUACUACCAAACUUCUUACUUAAGCAUGUAGCUAGAUAUGGUUCAUCAUUAAUGUCUGUCUUCGUUUUUGUAUUUAUUAUUCAAAUACAUGUACCAUGUUUUAUGUGAUAUAUUACGUACUCUGUAAAGUUUCAGACAGUUUUAUUUUGUAAAUUCGAAAUAUGAUUUUAAACUUAUGCAAAAUGUAUAGGUGUUUAUAGUAUUACAAAUACUGCUGUGUAAACAUCUGUAUUAAAAUCAAAAUUUGUUAAUACAUGAUACAAAAACAAUGCAAAUUAAUGUUCUCAAAUCCAAUUGUAGUAUGAGCCAAAUGUACGCUAUGGUCCUUUGUAACACAUGCAACUGCAAGAAAUGUCAGCACGUGUUUAAGAAUUUGUUAAUACUUUAAAUAAAAAACCAAAGGAAAACACAAGAGCUCUUUGAACAAACCCUAGUUAAACCAGAAUUUCAUGUAAUUAAUACUUGUAGUUUGAUUUUCUGUUGUACUCCUUGUAUGUGAAUUGCAUGCGCAAACGUUAUUAUGAAUCGUCUUGUCAAAAUUUGCACUGUUUAUACAGCAAUAUUUCUGGCGUCACCAAUUUUUGUCCCUGUAUUUGUUAGCAAAAGCUAAAAGAUCAUAAACUCCUGUGUGGAGAAUAUUGAUCAAAAAUAAAAAUCUUAAACAA